AUGAGUUCAUGGGAAAAAUUUAAAGAUAAAUUUGCCAAUCCUAUUUUUCACUAUGGAGUUGCAAUAUGCUCAUUUACUGCUUCAUCACCUGAUCAAUUAUCUCUAUUAUUAGGCGACGGUGUACAUGUAAGAGAAGAAUGUGAUGAGUGGUAUUUUGGAUCAUUAGCGAGCAAUUCUCAAGUAUCUGGAAUUUUCCCUAAAAUUUUUGUCCAUUUAAAACCAGUGAUUGUUGAUAAUAAUCAAGUAACGAGUAUUACAAAUGAAGACUCUCUUGCAAAUGAUCUGAUUGGAGUUCUACGAGAGUGGGCACAUCAUAUUGAACAAUUUUACAAAGAUGAUCAAAAGGUUAAAGUAAAUAUAGUAUCAAAAUUAAUGACAGAUCUCAUCCGUCAUCGACAUCGUUUAAUGUGUUCUUCUCAUACACAGGAAGAAUUAAUUGAAUUAAAACAAACAAUUGUUGAUCUAAUUGAUCAAGGCACGCGACUUCUGCAACUUGAUUUAAUUAUACGUGAUCAAAAUUUGAAUGUCGCCAAUUCAUCCGAUACAAGUACACAUGAGCUAUUAAAUUCAUUAAUGCGUAUCGAAAAAAAAUCAUUACACGAUGUCGAAAAACCUCGUCCGCACCCAGAUUUUCAAAUUGCCAAUAUACAGUCGAUGUUAGUUACGUUAGAUAAAAUUGAAUUUGCAAUAUUUGAUAAUAUUGAAUUAUGGUGCACUCUAUAUGAUUAUUCAUCAGAUGAAAGUGGUGUUGAAUUAAUACCGAGUGAAACAUUUGUUAUUCGAGAUAAAGAAGCUCUCCGUACGCAAGAACAUAUAGUUGCUUUUACAGAUAUUAGCCGUUCACGUCCCAUGAAAUCUGUGACGAGCAUGAAUACACCAUCUGUAAAAUAUCUUGUCUUAUAUGUCAUUCGAAUUGGAACAAUGAAUACAAAUGACAAUAAUAAAGAUACAUCUGAUACAAGUAUUAGUACGUUAAAACGGACAAAAAAUGAAACAAAUGAUUUGCGUCGACCUUAUAUGGUUGCAUUAAUCAAUAUGUCACAACAACUCGAUUGUCAUAGUCGUAUGAAAGCAUCAUCAACAGAAAAAGAACUUAUUGUACCAUUUGGCUUUAAUGCAUGGGAUGAUCGCGAUAGUCUUGUUUCUAUUUUUCAAAAAGCAGCAAAAUCAACUGACGUAGAAUUACUUAAAAAACACAGAUUAAAAUUGCAAAUUUUGAGUGGCGGAUUUCGUGAAUUAAAAACAGACUAUCCGCAUUUAUUACAUGGUGAUGUAUGCGUAUGUCGGAAACUUGAUUUCCCUGAUGUAAUCAAUGCUGAUGACCUUCGAAAUGAUAUUUAUGUAACGGUUCACGGAGCUGACUUCGCUAAAAGUGGAAAUUAUGAAUAUACAGCUGAACUUUGUGAUGAAAAUGAAAAUCCGAUCCCAGGUUUAUUAAACGUUGGUGUCAAUAGUACAAAUGAUCUUUUUCAUCGUUCAAUUGUUUGUAUCAAAACUGAGAAACCAAAGUGGAGUGAAACAUUUCGAAUUGCUAUUCCAUUUUCUAUCAGUGCAGAAGACAUGCAUCAAUAUCAUGUUCGAUUUUUAUUCAAACAACGUCAUUCAAAUGAUGUAAAAGAUAAAUCUGAAAAGCCAUUUGCAUUGGCAUUUCUGCCAUUAAUUGAAAAAGCUGGAACAGUUAUUCAAGAUGGACAUCGACAUUUAGUUAUCUAUAAAAUAACACAACGUAAAUCCGAUACAAAUAUAUCAGGUUACAUAAAUUUACAAGCUGUACAAAUCAGUGCACCAAUAAAUUUAACAAGAGAUUCUUAUAAUGGUUCUCAUCGUCUAUCACUCGAUGAAGCUUCGUCACGUUUUUAUCAACCAUCAGAUUAUUUUUCACCAAGUUAUCGUGAACAUUUUCUUGUUAAAGUUAAAGUUGUAUCAACACAAUUGACACAGAUACCUAUUAUUUUAACAUUACUAACAUGGACGCCAAAAGAUUCGUCAGUUUAUUUACUUGAAUUGCUAGAAAAAUUUGUUGAUCAUCUCGGUGGAAUCAACAUAUCGGGUACAGGCGCAAGCGAACAACGAACUCUCAGUAUGAUGCUGCCAUCGGAUAUAAUUGAACGCGCAACCGAAGUUGUUAAAAAUUUACAAAAUAUUUUUGAUAAAUUAUUUGAAAUUUUAACAUCACAAGAGAAUGAAUUAAAAACACGCGAACAAGAACAAUUUGGAUUUCCAAUCGAUUUAAAUAAAAUUCAUCAAACUGCAUUUCAUGCUUUAAUUUGUAUAUUGGAUUUAAUUUCAAUGAAACAAUUUGAAUCAUUUCGAACGGUUCUUGAUGAUUAUAUUAAAAAUAAAUUCAGUUCAACGUUAACGUACAGUGUUCUACUCCAUUUGAUUAAUGUAACCUUAACAAAAUAUGUUGAAAAUACUAAAUCUGAUUUAAAUAUGACUGCUUAUUGUGUUAAAAUGUUAAAACAGCUCGAAUACUUUUUUAAAUUAAUCGUACGUUCACGUGUUUUAUAUGCAAAAUGGAAAAAUAACGCCGAUCAAAAUCAAUUCGAUCAACUAGUUAAAAGUGUUCUACGUUCGUUCACUCGCGUUUUAACUUUUUCGGAUGAUCAUGCAUCAGCAGCACAAGGUCUUAUUCUACGACUUUAUCCAUCUGUUGUACUUGAACUUCUUACACCGAACGUAUUCAAUGCUGUUACAUUAAGUGAAAUAACAGCUCUCGAAUUUCUUGCUGCACUGCCACCAAAACGAUUAACACCUCAAAAAUUACGAUGUUUGAAUGAUUUAGCUCGUGGUUUACUUAUAAAAAUACCUGAAAGUCGUCGAAUAAUUCUUAAAGUUAUUGUAACAGAUGUAUCAAUGUUAUGCAAUAAUUUCAUAAAUGAAAAACAAAAUUCAGAUGAUUUUCGUCUUUCAAUUGUCCAUCAACAAUCGUCCUCCUUUUCAAUUGAUCAAAAAGAUCGAGAUCAUUUAAAUUUAUGUUCAAAAAUUGUUGGACACAUUAUGAAUCAAUUAUUUACCAGAAAAACUUCAGGUGAUACUUCAAUAGUCGUAGAAAAACUUCUUCGUGUAUUUAUGCAAAUAUUACUUGUUAUUCGAGUGCAAGAACACGAUCUAGCCAUAAACUUUGCAACGGGUAUUAUUGCAAUACUUCGUACAAUGGACGACGAAAAUUAUAUUGAAUUUUUACGCCAAAUGGAUGAAAUUAGUUUACAUGAUUUUUUCCUUGAUGCAUUCGGUCUUAUCAAAGAUCUUGUUACGAUACCAAUAUUUUCAAAUGAUUGGUCUGAAAUGUUACUGUUACAAAAUUUAAUAUUUGUUCGUGCAAUGAAUAAGUUCGUUUCGCGAUUAGUAGAAGAUUUGAAUCAUUUUAACGAGCAGUCCGUUGAACUAUGGCAACUAUACUUUGAAUGCAUUGUUCAAUUUAUUAUUCAACCGUGUUUACAACUUGAAUCAUUUACAGCCAAUAAACGAAAACGGAUUUUAUCUCGAUAUAAAGACUUACGUAUUGAAGCAUCAAAUGAUUUUAAAACAAUGUGGUUUUGCUUGCAUGAACAACACAAAUUAUAUUUUAUUCCAAGUCAAAUAUAUGGUGUGAUUCGUGUAAGUCUUCUGCCAGUUCAAGAUAUUCGAACAGCAAUGAUUCGAGUUCUAUGUGAUAUGAUUUAUGUGAUUAAUAAACACGAAGAUAAUUUAUCAAUAUUUGAAAACGAAUUUGUUACUGUAAUGGAUAAAUUUGCUAAUGAACCGUUAGUGGAUAAAAUUUUUAAAGAAUAUUUAAUUAAUGCAAUUGAUGACUUUUGUAAAGCAAAAAAACUUGCAAGAAAUGGUUCAAAACUAGUUGAUAUGAUUGAUAAUCUUUUAUCUCGUAUUAUUGAAUUACGUGUGGCUGUUAAUGAAUGUGAAACAGCUGCUUUAGAUCUUCAAAUGCAUUGUGUUAGAAGUUUAAUGGAAUUUUACGAACGACUUGGCCAUUUGCCAAUGUAUAUUAAAUAUAUCUAUCAAUUGUAUGAAAUGAAUCGUCGUUUACAAAAUAAAAUUGAAGCUGGCCAUACAUUAAUGUUACAUGCAAAACUACUCGAUUGGAAUCCAGAUAAAGUUCUUGAAGACGUUCAUAUGAAAUACACGCACAUACAUCAGUCAGUUAAAACGCAUGAUCAAUUAAAGAAAAAGCUCUAUCGUGAUAUCAUUCAAUUAUUUGAUGAUGGCGAUGCUUGGGAAAAAUCAAUUGAAGUUUGUAAAGAAUUACAAAUACAAUAUGAACAAUCCUUCGAAUAUGCCAAUCUUAGUGCGCUAUUAUUGAAUCAAUCUCGACUGUAUGUACAUAUAAUGGAUGCUAGUAAACAACGUUUCGAACAAGAAUAUUUCCGUAUUGGUUGUUAUGGAAUGGGUUUUCAUGAUUUUCUUCAAAAUCAAGUUUUUGUUUAUCGAUCUGAACCAGGGCAACGAUUGGGCGAUGUUCGAGAGAAACUUCAAACUAUAUUUCCACAUGCUAUUCUUCUCGAUCCAACUGUUAAUAUUGAAGAUCAUCAUCGUCGAAGCACUUCACAAUAUGUUCAAGUGCAAGUUGUACAACCUAUAUCUGACGAAAAAGCGAAGUUUAAAAAUAGAAAUAUUCCAGAAGCUAUCCUGCAAUAUUAUCGUUCGAAUGAAAUACGUCGAUUUACAUAUACACGUUUAUUUGUACAUGAGGACGAUCGAGAUGCUACAUCAGACAUCGCUAAAUUCUCAGCAGAAAGAUACGAGUUUUCUACAGCAUUUGUAUUACCCAAUACAACCCGGUGGGUACCAGCCGGUUCGUCAACAAAGACUCUAUUGACACCAUUGGAGAAUGCAAUUCAUUUACUUGAAAAAACAAAUAGAGAAUUAAAGAUACUUGUUGAAGCUAAUGAAGCUGAUCGUGAACUUAACGUGACACCAUUAUCGGGCAAAACAGCCGGAAUCCUCGAUGCGGUAGUUAUGGGUGGUGCUAGUGUUAUUGAACAAGCAUUUUUAUCCAAUGAAUAUCAAACGAAACAUCCCGAUGAGUACACACGAGCAUUAAUUGACAAUGUGAAACAAUUACUCGCUGAUCAAGUUCCUUUACUUGAACGAGCAUUGAUAAUAAUGCGACAGAAAUCCAAGCCAGAGAUGUUACCACAUGUUGACCAUUUAAAUAAUAUCUUAAUUCAUCGGCAACGUUCUGUUGAACAGCAUUGUGGUAAACAACAGUCACAUGGAUUACAUUUAAGUAUAUUUGUACCAUCAACUGAUAUUUCAGCAAACACAUCAAUUCAAAGUCAUCGUUCAAACGCUGAAAUACAAUCGCGACAAUCAGAUUUAACAAGAAGUCGAACAUCAUCAACAAAUUCAACAAACACAAUAUUCAAACCAACGUCGACAUCAUCACCACAAAAAACGACUAUUGAAUUACGAGAACAAUUAACAAGUGUUCGACCACGUCGACCACCACGCACAGCACCAUCACUUAGCUCAUCUGUUAGUUCUUUAGCUGGCGCAUCAAAUGAUUCACCUCGUUCAUCAACCACAGAUAUGAAUAUCAGCGGACAAUUUGUCAUUGCUUCAGCCAGUCAAACUUUAUUAUCAUCGGAAAGUUUAAAUGAAGAAUUAAAUAGUGAAAAUUUACAAGCUAAAUUAAAUAAUAUUAAUAAAAAGCCAUUAUCACCUACUCACCAAUUAGCUAAUAAGAUUCGUUCAUUAACAAAAUCUUCUGAACAAUUAUCGAACGAUAUACCACCACGUCCACCACCAAAACCGCAUAAAUUUCCUCGAUAA